AUGUCGUCCUCCCAGGCGCCGGCAGAUGGCUCCUCAGCUCCGCAACCCAAGCGCGACAUUGGUGGGGCUUACCACCCGCCAGAGAAGGACCUCGUCCCUGGCCCUGAUGGUACCAUGAUGUCCAAGUCGGCAGCCAAGAAGGCAUUCAAGCUUGCUGAGGCUGCAGCCAAGAAGGCGGGAAAGCAGGCCGUUGCCGCUGAGAGGAAGGGCAACGCUGCUGAAGGAGCGCCAAAGAAGGAAAAGGCAAAGAAGGAAAAGGUCGAGGAGCCCGAGUGGGUCAACAAGACGGUCGCAGGAGAGAAGAAGGAUCUCUCGGCGCCCAUGGAAUCAGGCUACAACCCGGACCACGUUGAAGAAUCGUGGUUCGCCUGGUGGGAGAAGGCUGGCUUCUUCACCCCGUCAGAGCCAAGCGAAGCAGACCCUUACGACCCAGAGAAGACCUUCGUCAUCCCUGCUCCUCCCCCGAACGUUACUGGCUCGCUGCACAUCGGUCACGCCCUUACCAUCUCCAUUCAGGAUGCCCUCAUCCGAUGGCAUCGUAUGCGUGGCUAUCGAACACUAUUCGUCCCGGGAUACGACCACGCUGGUAUUGCGACGCAGGCUGUUGUGGAGAAGCGACUGGCUAAGCUGGAGGGCAAGACGCGCUACGACUACGGGAGAGAAAAAUUCGUUGAAAAGGUCUUCGAGUGGAAGGACGACUAUCAGGCGCGCAUUGCCAAUCAGAUGAGGAGACUGGGAGCAUCCUACGACUUUACUAGAGAGGCGUUUACGAUGGAUGAGGCGAGAUAUACCGCCGUCACCGAGAACUUCUGCAAGCUCUACGAGGAUGGAAUCAUCUACCGAGCUAAUAGGCUGGUCAACUGGUGCUGCAGGCUCAACACGACGCUCUCCAACCUUGAAGUAGACCAAAAGGAGCUCAAGGGCCGCACGCUCAUGAACGUCCCCGGCUACGACGACAAGGAAAAGAUUGAAUUCGGUGUCAUCGUCUCCUUCUCUUACAAGAUCGCUGGCUCAGACGAGAAGAUCACCAUCGCUACCACCCGUCCCGAGACCAUGCUCGGAGACACGGCCAUUGCCGUCCACCCGAAGGACCCCCGCUACACUCACCUCCACGGCAAGUACGCCGAGCACCCCUUCCUGCCCAACCGCAAGAUGCCAAUCGUUUGCGACGACGUGGCCGUCGAUAUGGAGUUUGGAACCGGUGCCGUCAAGAUCACUCCCGCCCACGACCCCAACGAUUACGAGGUUGGCAAGAGGCACAAUCUCGAGUUCAUCAAUAUCCUCAAUGAUGACGGCACGCUGAACGAGGAGGCGGGGCCCUUCGCCGGCCAGAAGCGUUUCAGCGCUCGUCGUGCUGUCAUCGAGGCGCUGAAGAAGGAGGGGUUGUACGUCGAGACAAAGGACAACGAGAUGACGAUCCCCAUCUGCUCGCGAUCGGGCGAUGUCGUUGAGCCGCUGAUCAAGCCGCAAUGGUGGGUCUCUUCGCGCCCUCUGGCUGACGGAGCGGUCAAGGCCGUCAGGGAGCAAGGUAUGGUCAUUGUCCCUAGCCAGAGCGAGCGCGAGUUCCAGAAGUGGAUGGAAAUCAUCCAGGACUGGUGCAUUUCGCGUCAACUCUGGUGGGGACACCGCAUCCCCGCUUACUUCGUCAACGUCGAAGGCGUAGAGCAGGACAAGGACGAUCCUGCCGCGCUCAAGAACUGGGUCGUGGGCCGCACUGAGGCUCAGGCGCACGAGCGAGCAAAGGCCAUUGCGGGUGACAAGCCCUACAAGCUCGAGCAGGACGAGGAUGUGCUGGACACCUGGUUCUCCUCCGGUCUUUGGCCAUUCAGCAUCAUGGGCUGGCCGGAGAAGACCAAGGAUCUCGAGUACUACUACCCGAACUCGAUGCUCGAGACUGGGUGGGACAUCCUCUUCUUCUGGGUGGCGCGUAUGGUCAUGCUUGGCGUGCACCUCACCGGGUCCAUCCCCUUUAAGGAGGUCUUCUGCCAUGCGAUGGUCCGCGAUGCGCAUGGACGCAAGAUGAGCAAGUCGCUUGGCAAUGUUGUUGACCCGCUUGACGUCAUCAGCGGUAUCACUCUCGACAACCUCCACGCCAAGCUGCUCGAGGGCAACCUCGGCCAGGCGGAAGUACAACGUGCCGCCGCCUCACAGAAGAAGGACUACCCGAAGGGAAUCCCGCAGUGUGGUUCCGACGCCCUUCGUUUCGCCCUGUGCGCCUACACUUCCGCAGGCCGCGACAUCAACCUUGACAUCAUGCGCGUGGAAGGCUAUCGCAAGUUCUGCAAUAAGCUCUGGAACGCGACCCGCUUCGCCCUCGCCAAGCUGGAAGGCGGCUUCCAACCCCCUGCCGAGCGCACUCCUAGUGGCAAAGAGAGCCUGGUCGAGAAGUGGAUUCUUCACAAGCUCGACGCUGCCGCCACCACGAUCAACAACGGCAUGUCGCAGCGAAACUUCAUGGCCGCGACGGCUGCGGCGUACAACUUCUGGUUGUACGAGCUCUGCGAUGUGUACAUCGAGGCCAUCAAGCCCAUCACCGAUCCCACCACCUCUGACCCUGCUGCUCGUGCCUCGGCUCAAGCCACCCUCUUCACCUGCCUGGACGAGGGACUCAAGAUGCUACACCCUUACAUGCCCUACGUCACCGAAGAGCUCUGGCAGCGCUUGCCCCGUCGUCCGAGCGAGAAGAGCGAGACAAUCUGUCUCGCCUCUUACCCGGAGGAGAUGGCUGAGCGUAAGGAUGCACAAGCUGAAGAGGACUUCGAGCAGAUCUUUGCGGCUGUGCGUGGUGUGAGGAGCUUGGCCGCGGAUUAUGGCAUCCAGUCCAACAUCCAAGCCUUCAUUGAGGUCACCUCCUCUGACUCGCGCAUCGCGCAACUCUUCGAGUCUCAAAAGGACGUCAUCGUGACCCUCGUCAAGGGCUGCAAGAGCGUAAACGUCGUCCCUGCUAGCUCGAAGGACAUCCCGGCAGGCUGUGUUGUCACAACUCUCUCCGCCUCAGCAAAUGCGCACAUUGUCGCCCGAGGUGUGAUCGAUGUGGGCAAGGAGCUCGCCAAGCUGGACAAGAAGUUGCAACUCAACGAUCAGGCAUGCAAGAAGGAGCGUGGUGUGCAGGAGCGUAAGGAGGAGUUUGAGAAGAUGCCCAAGGAGGUUCAAGAGCGCAGUAUUGGUAGACUGAAGGAGUUGGAGGCGGAGGGUGAGGCAUUGAGGGCUGCGAGGGGGAACUUUGAGAGGAUCAGGGGUGAUGAGUGA